GGGCGAUCGUCGUUUCACCUUUGCUUUUGUUUCUUGCCCUUGUCAAAGUGCUUGCUUUCUUUCUUCAGUCAUGCACUCUUCUUAUUCACAACUCUUCACUUGGGGUCUUCUUGCAGAGCGACGGGCGGGUCUCUCGUCGACAACAACAACUUCGGUCGUCCCAUCUCAUGCAGAUGAUCAUGCCUCCGCCUUUUAUUUUACUCUACAAACAGGUCAAAGGGAUACAGUUGAAUUUCGCUCUUUCCUAUCCCUCGACCUUGCAGACUCAAGUCGCACCAUUCCAAGCCACAGGCGCAAGCCGUCAAACGUGUCAAAGUCUACUAGUUGGACUUGUACUUCCGAUAUAACCUCACCUCAUGACUUGUCACGAAUCGAAAAACCCGCCUUUGCCAUUCUUCCACCAUUACCUUCAGCGUCUGCGCUUCGCCGACCGUCUCGUGAAUCUUUGAGGCAAAUCCCUUCUCCCAAACCUGCUCCAGUAUCUUCUACAUUACCUGAGCCACCGAAAACCCUUGGUCGCGCUCCAAACUCAUCCAAACCACUUCCGUUUGCGGCUGGCCCAUCCUCUCCAACCACCCUGCUAUCCCCCACUAGCUCGUCAGGAAAAGGGUCAUCCUUACGCUCCUCGUCAAUUACUUCCCAUCAAAGGCGAAAAAGUCGCAUGGAUGCUCUAGCAUGUCUUGAGGGCCGCUCUCGUGCUGCCAACCGCAUCCCGAGGUCACGAAACAACUUCAUGAGCAUGAGCGAUGAUGAAGAUGAAGAGUCCAAGGCCCUCCCGUCACUAGCAAAUACUCCCUUCAUUCAAGUCGAGGAUUUCGGCUCCUUUGCAGACAUCGAAGAUGAAGGCGAUCCGAUCGUCCCAUCUCCCAAACAUCUUUCCCCCAAACAAGCCACUUUCCCCCGUUCAGUCUCCCAGCCCGUGAAGCGGCAGACAAGAAGCACCGUCGAUACAUGGUUCCCUCUCAGAAGCUUCAUUGAUCUAAAAGAUGAUGAUCUAUCCUGGAACUGGCGGAGCUUCAUCGAGAUCGGCGGUGUCUCAUAAGGCAACUCUUCCAUAUGCUGAAUCGCACCUGCGCAUAUCCUAGAAAACCUUUAUUCCGAUAUCAUACCUUGUGGUGAAAGCACACAGGAUGUGUCAGUCUUUCGUGCGUAUCUACACCAUCACUUAUUAUCUAUGAAUACCUAUAGCCUUUUACUUUACUGCACUAGAACAUUUUUUUUUCCAUGUUCAUGAUUCAACACUUGUAUUCCUACCCCAUUACAUGCACUCAAACGAUAACCCUACACACAUGAUAUCUUCACUUUCUGAUCCCCCCCUCGUUUGCGCUCUGAUACUUUUUGCGCGUGUACUUCGUUCUGACACUUUGGUUGUCCAUCCUAAUUAUUCACGACUCCUGAGGGGUUAAUCCAUCUUGGCUUUGGUUCUGUCAAA